UGCAUUCAUAAACUCCAUCGUUUCUCUGCAAUUCUCAGCUUGGUUACCGGGUGAUGAGUCAAGAAAUGGGCAGUAAGUUAGAGGCGGGGCCUUAUGUUGCAGCUCCACCCCCGGUUGGGUAUCCGGUGAGAGACGGCCCAGAGGACCCUCACCAAACUUCUACGCCACAAACGCAGUCUAGGGGAGAUGGGUUCUGGAAAGGAUGCUGUGCUGCGUUGUGUUGCUGCUGGGUGUUGGACUGUGUGUUCUAAGAGUGAUGGGGUUGGCUAUUGGAUGAGACCCAUUUAUUUAUUUUUUGUUAUUCUUUUAUUACACACACCUUCUUAUUAUUCUGUAUUAUUCUAUUUUCUUUGUAUUAAUAAAUAAAUUUUGUUAUCUAAUCCUAUGCUUCCAUUCAA